AUGGGUGGCCAGAUGCAGCAGAGCAAUGCCGCCGCGGCUACUGCUCUGUACGACCACGCCACCGGCGCUCCUGCCGGGCCUCUGCACAAUGCGGGGCCUGCCGGCGAUGCUGGUGAUGCAGUCAUGGCCCGGUGGCUCCAGUCCGCUGGGUUACAGCAUCUGGCCUCACCAUUGGCUUCCACGGGAAUCGACAACCGUAUGCUCCCCAAUCUCCUCAUGCAGGGCUAUGGCGCUCAAUCUGCUGAAGAGAAACAGAGGCUUGUCAAAUUAAUGCGAAACCUCAAUUUUAAUGGGGAGUCUGGUUCUGAGCCAUAUACACCUACAGCACAAACUUCAGGUGGGGCUCCAUCUGAUGGUUUGUAUUCUCCGGAGUUCAGGGGGGAUUUUGGAGCUGGGCUGUUGGACCUUCAUGCUAUGGAUGAUACUGAGCUUCUGUCUGAGCAUGUCAUCCCUGAACCCUUUGAGCCAUCGCCAUUUAUGCCUGGUGGUAAAGCUUUUGAUGAUGAAUUCAAUUUGACAAGUGGUAGGCAGCAAAGAGUACUACCUGAUCCAGAUGCAUCAGUUCCAGUAGCCCAGAGUGACAAGGAGAGCACAAAGGAAACUAAUGUGGCUAAGAUUAAAGUUGUGGUACGCAAAAGACCUUUAAAUAAGAAGGAGCUUUCGCGGAAGGAGGAGGAUAUUGUUUCUGUAUAUGACAAUGCUUAUUUGACAGUCCAUGAACCCAAACUAAAGGUGGACUUGACUGCAUACGUGGAGAAACAUGAAUUUUGUUUUGAUGCUGUUCUGAAUGAGUAUGUUUCAAAUGAUGAGGUAUACCGGGCCACUGUAGAACCAAUUAUUCCCAUUAUUUUUGAGCGAACAAAGGCUACAUGUUUUGCUUAUGGUCAAACAGGUAGUGGCAAGACAUUCACAAUGCAACCGUUACCUAUCAGGGCUACAGAAGACCUGGUUAGAUUGUUACAUCAGCCAGUUUACCGUAACCAGAGAUUCAAAUUGUGGCUUAGCUACUUUGAGAUUUAUGGAGGAAAGCUCUUUGAUCUUCUCAGUGAGAGGAAGAAACUUUGUAUGAGAGAAGAUGGACGGCAACAAGUUUGCAUUGUUGGACUGCAAGAAUUUGAAGUUUCAGAUGUACAAAUUGUUAAAGAAUUUAUUGAGAGAGGGAAUGCUGCUAGAAGUACAGGGUCAACUGGUGCUAAUGAAGAGUCUUCUAGGUCUCAUGCUAUUUUACAACUCGUUGUGAAAAAGCACAGUGAGGUAAAAGAUUCUAGGCGGAACAAUGAUGGAAAUGAAUCUAGAAGUGGGAAGGUUGUGGGGAAGAUCUCUUUCAUCGAUCUUGCUGGUAGUGAAAGGGGUGCUGACACCACUGAUAAUGACCGACAAACAAGAAUUGAGGGAGCAGAAAUUAACAAGAGCCUUUUGGCUCUAAAGGAGUGUAUUCGUGCUCUGGACAAUGACCAGAUCCAUAUACCUUUCCGUGGAAGCAAACUCACAGAAGUGCUCCGUGAUUCCUUUGUUGGCAAUUCAAGGACUGUUAUGAUAUCUUGCAUUUCUCCAAAUGCAGGGUCAUGCGAGCAUACACUUAACACUUUGAGAUAUGCGGAUCGGGUUAAAAGUCUUUCAAAAGGUGGCAAUGCUAGAAAGGAUCAAGCAGUAAAUUCAUUACCACCAACUAUUAAGGAUGUUUCAUCGACAUCAUCUACGCUGGUUUCUGCUGAGGUAGAGGAUGUCCGUGAGCAACGUCAAGAAGUUAAAGUAGCUGAUACAGGCAGAAGAGCUGUGGAGAAAGAAAGUUUCACAUAUAUUCCAACUGUUGAGUUUGACAAGCAGCCUGCAAAGUUGUCAUCAAGUAACCCCAUUAGUAUUCGGGAAGAAAGCGGGGUGGCUUCUGGUGUAAUGGAUAGGGAGAGAUUUGAAAUUAAUAAUUCUUAUGGCGAUUCUUACAGCCAGAAGAUGCUCUAUUAUUCCCAAAACUCGGGUGAUACAGAAGAGAAAGUACAAAAAGUGUCACCACCUCGUAGGAAAGUAACCAAGGAUGAAAAAUCAGAAAAGUUGGGUAAUUGGCUUAAAAAAGGUGGAUCUGAUCUCUCUACCACAAGUUCUAAGCAGCAAAAUACAGGAAAUUAUAACACAAGCAAUGUUGGAUCCAAACAAUCUGAGCCUCAACUUCCUGAUGGGCAUAUCAAUGCCAUUCUCGAGGAAGAAGAGGCCCUAAUUGCUGCCCAUAGAAAAGAAAUUGAGGAUACGAUGGAAAUUGUUCGCGAAGAAAUGAAACUGUUGGCAGAAGUGGACCAACCAGGGAGCCUGAUAGACAACUAUGUGACCCAGUUGAGCUUUGUGCUUUCUCGCAAGGCAGCUGGUCUGGUUAGCCUUCAAGCCCGUCUUGCAAGAUUCCAGCAUAGACUAAAAGAGCAGGAAAUACUAAGUCGCAAAAGAGGACCUCGUUAA